GGAGCCUACAGUAACCAGAUCCCUGGGCGGGCGGGUGGAGCAGCCAGGCGCGUCACUAUCACCGAGACGCUGCUCAGGCCCUCAGUCCAGGCUCAGCGGUGGGGACACUCAGCUCGGGGCAUGGCGCAGAAGCUGGGCGAGUGGUCCAAGGUGCCCGCCGAGGCUACCGGGCUGUACCGGGCGAUGCUGCUCAGGUCGGCUUCAAUGUACUCGGAGAUCCAGAGGGAGAGGGCAGACAUUGGGGGACUCAUGGCUCGGCCAGAGUAUAGAGAGUCAUGGAAUCCAGAGCUCAUCAAACCCAAGAAGCUGCUGAACCCUGUGAAGGCCUCUCGAAGCCACCAGGAGCUACACCGGGAGCUGCUCAUGAAUCACAGAAGGGGCCUGGGUGUGGACAGCAAACCCGAACUGCAGCGGGUCCUGGAGCACCGUCGCUGGAAUCAGUUGAUCAAGAAGAAAGAGGAGGAGCUGGAAGCCAAGCGGCUUCAGUGCCCCUUCAGGCAGGAGCUUCUGAGAAGGCAGCAGAGAUUGAACCAGAUGGAAAACCCUCCACAGAGAGAAGAGGACCACGCCCCUGAGUUCAUCAAAGUCCGGGAAAACCUGCGCAGAAUCGCCACGGAGGAGAGAGCACUGUAGAGUUGCCUCUAUUCAGAGCCUGCCUCUCACUCUGACCCUCCUAAUCCAGAAGGCCCUGGCAUACCGUGAUGUCAGGAAGGCAGACCUGAGAGGCUGGCGAUCCCUGGGAAACUGGGGAUCCCCGCACCCCAUAGGGAGGUCUCUGUAGGGACUUUUCCUUCUGAGCACCUAUCCUUCCUGUGCUAAGACGAAGCCACUGCCAGGAAAGACCUUCCCGAGGUGCCCUCCCCAGUCCCACUCACCAAGUGGGCUUCCCCAGCACAAGUGGGAAGGAAGGCCAAAUGUCCUUCCACUCUGCCUCGGCUUCCCAACAAGUCCCUGCUUUUGGGAGAAGCCCAGCUCCUGGUGGCGGGAACAUCUCAGUUCUGGCUUGACCCGGGGCCAAGGAUGCCUUGGAAAUCACAGAGCAAAGAAGGGGCCUUUCUGUGGCAAGGAAGUGGGCAUGGGAGGUCACAGCAGGCUGUGACCAAGAGGGAAGAGUCCUAACCAAGGCAGCUUCGGGCCCUGCUGGCUUGCCACACGCUGCCGCUUUUUCCCUCCGCACCUGUCCUCCCUGAAUUGCUAACCGCAUCUCACCUCAGUGCUCCGGCUUCCAGCAUAGAACAGCACAUUGCCAACUUCACUGUACAUACCAUACACACAUGUAUGUACAUACAUGUACAUGUCAUACAAACUGGAGAGCCCUGGAAACAGUCCCUGGAAGGUGCGUGUCUAACACACUCCCAGGGAAAGCCCAGGACACUGGCUUGAGUAGAUAGCUAGACUGAAGCAUCCAAUACCCUUGGUUCCCUGGCCUGGAGGGUCCCAGUGCCGGCUCUAAAGUCCGUAUUCAUUCGCUAGCCAUAGCCGUCUCCCCCACCCAUACACACAAAACACACACAGGGACCCGUGGCCUGGGAAACUCUAGCCUAGCAAAUACAAAUGGUCUUGUGAUUGUAACCGCCAAUCUUCCCUAUUUACUGGUGUAACCGCAAUGCAAUUCUAGCCAAAAAGAAAAAAAUAAAUCUUAGCUCUUUAACU